AUGAAGGGAAUAUCUUAUCGAGGUAAUGCUAUUUGUUUUGGUAAAUAUGCUCUUCAGGCACUUGAACCCGCUUGGAUCACCUCUAGACAAAUAGAAGCAGGUCGACGAGCAAUGACACGAAAUGCACGUCGCGGUGGAAAAAUAUGGGUCCGUAUAUUUCCAGAUAAACCAAUUACAGUAAGACCCGCAGAAACACGUAUGGGUUCAGGUAAAGGCUCUCCCAAAUAUUGGGUAGCUGUUGUUAAACCAGGUCGAAUACUUUAUGAAAUGGGUGGAGUAACAGAAAAUAUAGCCAGAAGGGCUAUUUCAAUAGCAGCGUCCAAAAUGCCUAUACGAGCUCAAUUCAUCAUUUCGGGAUAA